AUGUUUUAUCACAAAAUUAUUCAUAAGCUGCGUAAACGAAACGAAGGCAAAGAUGUACCUCCGCAAACUUAUCCACCGCAAGCACCCAGAUGGUCUUCGAAUCUGCAUGAAGAUCUGAAACCACCAUGUUCCCAACCAAAAGAAUCUUCGAACUCAUUUACGACUACAGCUCUUUACAAAUGCACAACCACACAAUCUGCUACACCUAGCUUCAUCGUCGGUGACCUUCUUAAUGUGGUUGAAACUUCGCAUGAUCGGCGGAUGGCAUCUAAUUUACCAACAAAACGGCAAGGCCUUAUUCCUUUCAGCCAUGUCACAUCUAAUAAGUCCCUGUCAAUUGUUUCCGAAGCCUGGUUUGAUAUUGAUCGUAUAAGUGCAGAACGCAAGCUUCUUAUGCCCGGAGUCCAACCCGGCACUUAUAUCCUUAGACCAUGUGGGAGUGCCGACAACCCAUAUUCCCUUUCCGUUCGGGCUAAUGGAGUCAAAAUUAAGCAUUUUCGAGUUUAUUUUGACGAAAAAGCAAAGAGUUUUUACCUCUGUUCGAGUAUUCAGUUUCCUUCUUUAGAAGAAAUGAUCAGGUACUACCAUUCAAUUCUCUCCCCCUUUCCACUCUUUUUCUCUCCCAUAGCAGAAUCCAUCGACGGUGAGGUGGGUCUGAUUGAAGCGCGUCCACGAAGAGUUUUGCCACCGUUGAGCUUUGAGGAUUGCUUUAUCCACUAUGAUGACUUAAAGCUAGAGAAGGAGCUGGGAAGAGGCAACUUUGGUGUGGUCUACCUGGGUCAUAUACUCAGCAUGGAAGUAGCAGUGAAGAAGAGCCUCAUCAGUGAGAACGACCAAGCCUUCCGUGCGGAGGCAGAGGUGAUGCACAAGCUUUCACAUCAACGUAUCUUGCGCUUUCUCGGCUUCUGCUGUGACACACCCGAUAAACGAGUCCUCAUCAUUACCGAGUUUAUGGCCAAUGGUGCUCUUCUAGACUACCUUAGGACUCCCGAGGGACACCGCCUCGAAUAUCGCCAACUCAUCAGCAUUAUUGAUCAGAUCGUGAAGGGUAUGGUGUACCUAGAGAAAGUAGGAGUGGUGCACAGAGAUCUACGAGCAGCCAACGUGCUUGUUGAUGAGGAUGGUUCUGUGAAGAUCGCCGACUUUGGAUUAACCAAAAUCCUGGAUUUCAAUCAGACUCUUAAAAAAGAUACUAUUCCAGUUCGGUGGACGGCCUUAGAGGCAAUGAGGCGUGGUUACCAGCCAAAUACUAAAGCUGAUGUUUGGUCCUUCGGCGUCGUUAUGUUCGAAGUUCUAACUUAUGGAAAAGUGCCUUUUGAGGAAUAUGAUAAUCCCCAAUUGCUGAGGUUUCUUUUGGAGGGUGGACGCCUUUCUUCGCCACGAAGUUACGGCUUUGAGUGUGAUGAAGCAGUGUAUGCUAUUAUGAGAUCCUGCUGGGACGAGAAUCCAGAACGGCGACCAUCUUUUAUGGAAAUCAGUCAUGAAAUUGAGCAAUUUAUCAAGGCCAAAGAGGGCUCAUACGUGGCAUGUUGGGAAAAAAUGAUUGAUAACUAA